AUGAGUUUAGAACCUUUGAUAAAAAACCUUUCAGAUCUUUUAACAACAGCUGGGCGCGGUAAUAUACGAACGCUUAACAUGGAUCCUAUAUGGAAAACUAUUUUUCAAUCUAAUAAACAACCAGAUCAACUCGAUACUGUUGCAAAAUUAUUAAAAGAGAUAUAUUCAUUAAAUAAAGACCUUAGGAACAGUGAUAAUAAAACAUUAAAUGCAAUAAUAAAUAACUUUGCUGACUCACACAUUGAGGUUGAUCACAGAUAUGAAGCUUCGUUACCAAUUUUCAAAUUUUUACCUUUUUACAAUGAUGAAAACAUUCUAAAAGUAUGCAUUAGCAUGAUUGAAAUCCUUUCUGCAUUCACAGACAGUAGAAAAACAAUACCAAUUGAAAUAAUCAGCGAAUAUACACCAUAUGAUGACCUCUUAGAAUCAUCAAGUCAAAAGAUAAUCGAUCAAUUCCGCAUGGCAGUUGGAAAAACAUACGAAAAACCAAUGGCUCUUGUUUUAAUGAUUUUAUUUACAUCACUUUCUAAAGUUUCCGAUUGUUCAUUGCUUGUAAAUGAAACACUAACAUCUCUACUGAAUGGAAACAUCACGAAUAUUCUUAUUGGCUGUCAUUUGGCCGAUUUUGUUUCAAAAUCCGAGAGAAAUGACAUGAUUUCAGAAGAAAUAUUCAAUAAAUUCAUUAAUUUGGUGAACCAUGAUGACGAUGAGAUCUCUUUCAUUGCAUAUGAUUCGAUAGUUAAGCCAAUGAUGACAAAAGAUUCAUUUUUAGAUGAAAAUUAUAUGAAAAUCAUAUUAGAAAACAGGACAAAAAUACCACAAAAGAACUUAAAUAGGAUAUAUUCGAUACUUUCAUUGUAUACAGUCCCUGAUGAUGAAGGAAAUUUCCAAUUUGAUUUAUUAUUUGAACUUGCAACUCUUUUGCAUCAAAUAAUUAUGAGUCAGAACAUCACAGAUACUGAGUUAGGUUACGUUUUCUGCUGCCAGGCUUCUGUUAUCGAUGCCGUUGAAGAAACUGUGAAAGAUUAUUACAAAUCAGAGCUGAAAGUCGCUAGAAUCUAUGUAGAAAAAGGCCAAAUACACGCUUAUAGUGGUAUAUCAGCCUUUCUAUGCUCAAUUUCCUCUUUUAUUGGACCUAGAGGCGCAUCUAAAAUUGCGGAGAUCGUUCCUGUCAUAUUAAAGUCAUUGGAAUCUGAUAAACUGUCUGUAGAUGAGAAAAUAAUUAUCGCUAAGUCGCUUUCUAUUAUGGUUGGCUCAGGACAACAACACAUUUUGCGAGAACCUAUAACAAAAUCAGCGGAUUACUUAAUGAAUGACGCUGAUAAGCGCUUAUCAAUUACAGGAUCGGAAAUGGUUAUCCAUUUGGACAUGAUGGUUGCUGUUUCAUGUCUUUCUGAUUUGAGCGCUUCAAUUAUUGCAAUUAUUGAAACAGAUAAAGAUACAGAUGUUGUCAUUGCAAUGUUUAAAGCACUCAAAUCAUUAAUAAGGAACUAUGAGUUCGAACCUUCAGCCUUUACAAAUAUUAUUAAUAUGAUCUCAAAUAAUUUACUGCCAUGCUCACCAAUUAUUGUUACAGUUGAUCAUUCUUUCCCGGUUUUCCAUUUCUUGGAAAUAUUUAUCGAUCAAAAUCCCGGCGAAUGUUUAGUUGUUGCAAAAACAUUAGCCCAAUGGCUUCCUGAUGCGUCGGACAAACAGUUGAAGAAGAUAGUUAGGCCAUUAGCAGCUUGUUUCCGAAAUGAAAUUGUUCCAAGAAGAUUGGCAGAAAAAUGUCAAGAAAAGUUUUAUGAAUCUCUUCAAAACCUUGAUAUUUCGUAUAUAAAAGUACAUCAGAGUAUCCUGGAAAUCCUAUAUUUGAUGAUUAAGGAAACAACUGACGGAAUUCAACUUCAAGAUUUAUAUAACUCAGUUGAAAAAGUUGUUGCCAUUUAUGAUCAUCCGAGAAAAGGAAAAGAUCUAGGAAAAGGACUUGCAUUUGCAGCCUGUAUUGUCAUGAUGCUUUAUCCAGUUAAAGGAAUCUUAAUUAACCAAAAUGUUUUAAUGAAUUUGGUUAUACAGGAGAUGCCAUUCAAGCCAGAACUAGACUUAUGCGAUGAUGGACUUCGAUAUCUUAUUCAAGUUUUGAAAAAUCCAUCAAGUUUCUCUUCUGACAGACCAAAAGCAUUCAAAAUUGUUUCGGAUAUUCUUAUGCUACCAGACACAGAAAGUAGAGCAAAUGGAUACCGAGACGAUACACUAAAGAAAGCUCACAAACUUCUCGUUGAAGAAUGUAAUACUAACAGUAGUGUUUCAAGAAAGUUGCAUGAAAAAUACGAUAAAUCUGUUCCAACAACAAUCACGUUUGAUGAUCUUAUUAAAUAA